AUGGCUGAAGUCGCCGGCUUAGUUCUUGGAGAAAUGCCUCUUAUUAUAUCAGUAUUAAAGCACCACGAUGAGUUAUCGGAGUACACACUGGCUUUCUUCCGUUGGCAGAAGGCCAAAUCACUGAUGACACGACAACUUGCGCUAUGUCAGGUGGACUUUGAGUUGAAUAUGCGCUUGCUUCUUAAAGCCGCCGUUAGCCCAGAGAAGCACUUUGAAAUGAUAGAGAACCCGCAGCAUGUUUCAUGGAAAGACGGCGAGUUCCUCCAAAAGAUAGAACAGAAGUUGGGCAAGUCUUAUGCGCUCCUGAUAAGCAUAUUGCGUGACAUCGAAGGUACUAUGGUUUGGAUCGCUUCAAGCCUUGAUAUAGCCGGUUCAUAUGAGCUGGCGCAAAAGGGAUUGGGAGCCAUCAUACAAGAGCAGGCUCCUGUCGCCCAGACCGCGCAUCCGCGAAAGGCUCUCCGACUACAAAAGCGAGCGAAGUUUACAUGGAGCCGCCAUAAGAUCAAGGCUGAGAUGAAGAAGCUGGAAGAUUGCAAUGCAAAGUUGACCAGAAUCUUGACAGCUUCUAAUUCGCUCACCGAGUCGGCACCAACCACGGACAAAAUGGCCGUAAGCUUCGUUGGACUUCUAGAAGAAAUCUCUAGAAACGCUUCCAGAGUCCAUGAUGCAUUAUCCAACAGUUGGUGCGUCCUUGGUGACUGUACCCAUAAGGCUGGCAUAAUGUUGGAGGAGAGACUGUCUCGAAAAUCCAUGAGCCACAAAUCUGGUGCAACUCGUCCAUAUGGAAAUUUUGGACACUUUAGUAUCUCACUUUGGAGAGAUGCUGUAGCGACCUGGCUGAAUGCUGAGUUCCGUCUGGAUCCUGACGAAAUACGGGAACCAAGCAGUCGCCGCGUGCGUUUCCAGCCUUCCAAUAUCCUCAUUGACCAGCCUCAAGCCCAGGAAGUCACCGACAUCUGUGCAUUCAUUCGGAACGCUUCUCAUCCCGGCCUAGGAUUUUCUAUUGAUAACCGUAAUGUCUUACGUCGUCUUGAUCGACUGGAGAGCUCAUAUAGCCACAAUCUACAGACGGGACUUAGUUUGCAGGAUCUGCUACCUGACAUGAAAAAUCAAUCAUUUGCGUUAUCUGACUUCUACCGUCUAGCUAUUACAUUGGCAUCAUCCUGCAUUCAGCUUCGAGGCACUCGCUAG